UUAUUUAAAUAUAUUAUCAAAUAUGAGGAAAACUUUACUCAAGCGUGAGGACUACAAAAUUAUUGAGAAGAGAAAUCAAGUAGAAUGAACCACGACCAUUACCAGAGUUAGCAUCAGCUUAUUUUUAGAGGAAAUAUCAUGAAGAAGAGAUCCAGGUCCUUUCAGAUAAGAAGGAGAUUAAUUCUGAUCAACAGGAGUGGCUUAAAAUGUUUCUGCAAUGGUUAGGAAUAAUUUCAAAAGAUCCAGAACUUGACCUGCUCAUUGAUGAGAAGAUCAAGGAAAGUGUCACUGUUAAGUAUAAAGUACCUAUCAGGAUCUUCAUGAUCAUUGUUUGCUGAGCCUCGCUUAUAAUCUGAGUCUCUGCUCCUAAGACAAGCGAAGAUGAAGAGGGCUUUUCACAAGUAGCACAAUAUGGGAUGUAUUGGAUCCCAUUUUUCAUAGUCGUCACUAUUGUCAUGGAUUAUUAUCCUAAAAUAUUGAUUUAUGCAAAGCCUCCAGUGAUUCUGAUGGUGUUCAUAUCCACUGCUGACAUAACUUUUCAUGAUGACGCAUAUCCUUUCCAUAGGAUUUUAAUAUUAAUGGUCAGCUUCAACUAUGCGAUUUCUAUUCUAAUCCCAUAUUUAUCACUUCUGAGUUCUUUCUGCUUCUUUGUUGGCAACCUGUACGUAAUCCUGGGAAUCCAUCUCUACUCAGAUAAAGGUGAUGCCAUGACAUAUGCAGUUCUUCUAGCCUGCUGACUCCAUUUCACAGUGUCAAAUAAAAUUCUUGAAAAUAAGCAAAGAUCCCUCUAUACUGAGAUUUUGAAGAGAAAGAGACAGAGUAAGGAGCUUAAGAAGAUCCUGAAAAUAUUCCCCAUGGGCGUUGUCAUUACUCCAGAAAGAAAAGCUAGCUCUAACUGGUACGCUAAUGAUGAAUUUGAGAGGAAAUUUUGCAAAAUUCAAGAUGAUUUGGAAGAGCUGUCUUGAAUUGUAGUGACUCCAAUGAAAGAACAAGAUUCUAAAGAGGAACACAAACAACUCAGCCAAGGACUUGACAGGUUUCUAAGAAAUCAACAGCACCUUGCUUCAAAGAAACUUUCAUUGGCAAGUCAUAACUUGCACAUCAGAUGUGGUGACCAAAUGAAUUUUGGGGUGUUUGAAAGUCAAGAGCUAGAUGAGUAUUCUAGAAUUUGCAGCGUUGAAACUCUCAAAGUUGAUUGGGAGUCAGAACCCUCUUACUUACAUGUCUUCAUUGAUAAUACAAAUGUAAUUCAACUGCAAGAAGCCAAGAACAACAUCAAGUGUCAGAACAUCAUGUUUGCAAGCGCCAGUCACGAGUUCAGGACGCCUCUUAACGCAAUCAUUAACUCUUUCAAAAUCAUUGAGAAUUCGUACCAAGGCAUUCUUCAAGAAAUCGGUGGUCUGGCUCACCAACUUGAGGGAAUGUCUUCAGAGCUUCUGGAAUUACAUUCGGAGCAGAUUCAGAAGUUCUCGAGCAUCGGCAAGCACUCGUCGUCGCUGAUGCUGUCUCUGGUCGAUGACAUUCUGGAUCUGUCGAAGAUGGAAGUGGGGACUUUCCAAAUCAAUAAGGCCUUGUUCUCAGUUCCAGAUAUGCUCUCUCUCACAGCUGAAAUUGUACAGCCACAGUGAGAUCAAAAGAAUAUAAAGAUGCAGAUCGAUAUUGACCCUCGUAUCAGGAGAGUUAGAGUUUACUCUGACGAGAAGAGAAUCAAACAAGUUCUGAUAAACCUGCUAUCGAACUCAUUAAAAUUCACAUUCAGUGGCUCAGUCACUUUGAGCUGUAAGCAGGUUUUGAUGGGUGAAAAACUAUUUGCAAAGUUUAUGGUCAAAGACACUGGAAUUGGAAUCAGCCAGAAACAACAAGCUAAGCUAUUCAAAAUGUUCAGCAUGGUAAAGUACACAAAUCAGAUUAAUCCAAAUGGGACAGGACUCGGAUUAACUGUGAGUAAGAAAUAUGUAGAAGCACUUGGAGGAUCAAUCAAAUUAAAGUCAUCUAAAGGAGCAGGAACUACAGUGUCAUUUCACAUUCCUCUCGAAGACCCUCCUAUAGCUCUACCUCAUAUCGAUGAAAAUGCUGAACAUUUCCAGAGCUUGGAAUCAGUGGUAUCCUUCGAUUUUAUUGAGAGGGUGCAUGAUAUCAAAGAUUUUCACACUCAGACGCCAAGAUUUAAUCUUCCAUAAUGGUACAACCUUA